CACACACACCGGCGCUCCACCAUGUCGGCCUCGCUCGCUCGCCGCGUCUUCAAGCCCAUGCCUGCUCAAGCCGUCAUCCGCCGCACGAGCUGCCCCGUCUCGCGGUUCCUCCCCGCCGGCGCACUCGAGGCGGGCCCGUCGAGCGUCUCGGCACGCACGGUCAACGCCGUCGCGCAUCUCACGGUCGGGGCAGCACUCGCCGCAUCCGCUUUCACCGUCCUCACCCACCCGGACUCGCUCUUCUUCGACCACCCGCCUCGGUCGGCCAUCUCGUGGACGCCCGAGCGACACCUCGCGAGCCGCGAGCUCCACUCGGCGGCGUCGCAGCACCGGCCCUCGACCUCGACCCGUGCUCCGACCGUCUCGGCCGCCUCGCCCGCACCCUCUAUCGUCGCCGCACCGUCGACGUCGUCGUUGGCUCGCCCGGGCAUCGCAGCGAGCGUCGCAGGCGCAGACUGGCACUGGGAGCUGAGGCUCGCCGGCGUCCUCGGGCGGUCGCUCUCGGGCCCGUGAGCCUGUCUUUCUCUCUCCCUCCUUCGCGAUACCUUCCCUCUCUCGUCCCCUCUGUCGAUAGUGCCCUCUUUCUUCGUCCCGCCCUUGUCGUACAUCCGUAGCAUCUCUCUCUCGCCUUUGCAACCUCGUUUCCCGUUCGUCCUCCUCCC